AUGGGGCUGAGGGAUGACAUAACCGCUAUGUCAAAGGAGGAAGUGGUGGCUCGAUUUCGAGAGUUGGAGACGGAGUUAAAGACAUUUGAGGAAGCCAGUAAAGAUUUAGAAACGUUACUUGAAGAUGAAGUAAGUCGAUUAGAAGGUGAAAAUCAACAAUUAAAGGAGAAAAUACAAGCGAUUUCCAUUGAAAAUAGAAACAGAAACAAUGCGUUGACGGCAGAACUUGCCCGUCUACAAGAACAAAUCUCCAUUAAGGAAACUGCAUUAGAACUGCAACGGUCCACUUUAAGGACAUUGGAAAUGGAUAAAACAGGAAUGGAAGAUGGAGAGAGAACCUUAGUGGAUAAGAUCGAAGCUCUUAAGGGGAAAUACAAUGAUCUUGUGGAACAAGUAGUUCUUUUAGAACAAGAUUUGGAAACAGAAAAGAAUCAGAAUUUACAGAAAGAUCUUUGGAUAUUCAAUUAUCAGACGGAAAUUCUGCAACUAAAAGCACAACUUAAGGAGAAGAAACUGGUGGUGCUGAAAAGUAAUCCACCAUUCCAUACCAAAGAUCCACCUCCUCCUUCAUCUUCUUCUGGGACUCACAGAGUUCCAGAGAGACAACGGAUCCUGCUGUUAAAGAAUAGCAAGUUGGAAUCAAGCAAUAACUUGAAGAAGAUGCUUAAUUUUUUCAGUUUUGGAAAGAAAAAAGGGUCUCAGUUUAAAGCUUCAAGUACAACACAAGUAAAUAAUGAUCUGGCGAUUUCCGAGCCGUAUAGUCCCAAUGAAGAAGUUGCCCACAAAGGAAUCCUCGAGGAGAAGGAAACAGGUACAUGA